AUGGCAUGGCAGAACAACCAGACUUCAGGAGGUGACUUUAUCCUCUUGGAUCUGUUUCAUGAUACCCAGGCACCCUGGGUCUUGUUCAUUUUCACAGUUCUGGCUCUCUUUGUGGCCCUGGUUGGCAACACUACAAUAAUCAUCCUCAUUUGGGCUGACUCUCACCUCCACAGUCCUAUGUACUUCCUGCUCAGUCAGCUAUCCUUCAUGGACCUCUUGUAUAUCUCCACAUUUGUUCCCCAAAUGAUCUUUGCUUUUCUCUCUGGGAACCAUCGUAUCUCCUUUGCUGGAUGUGCUACUCAGCUCUUUCUCUUCAUGACCCUGAUAGCAUCAGAGUGCCUCUUGCUGGCUGUCAUGGCUUAUGAUCGCUACGUGGCCAUCUGCCACCCCCUGCGCUACACCAUCUUCAUGCGCCCAUCCGUCUGUGUACUCCUGGUUGUUGGGUCUUGGCUGGGUGCACUGUUCAAUGCGUUGAUUCAUGUCAUCUACACUCUGACUCUCCCUUAUUGCACGUCCAGGAAAAUCAAUCAUUUCUUUUGUGAAAUCCCAGCAAUGUUGAAACUAGUCUGUGAGGACACUUCCCAAUAUGAAACGGGUCUUUUUGUCAGUGGGAUUAUUUUUCUUCUCCCUCCUAUCUCAGCAAUCAUUGCAUCCUAUGGAAGAAUACUAUGCACUGUAUUGAGGAUAGGCUCAAGCAUGGGCCUUAGGAAAACCUUGGCCACUUGCUCUUCUCACAUGUCCGUUGUGUCCCUCUUCUAUGGUGCUGCAAUGAUGAAGUACCUUCUUCCAAAGUCCUACCACUCCUCUAAACAGGAUGUGGUGGUCUCUGUCUUCUACACCAUCCUUACACCUGCACUAAAUCCCCUUAUCUAUAGUCUGCGAAAUAAGGACGUAGCUAGAGCCUUCAAGAAAGUUCUCAAAAACCAAUAG